CAUCACUGUAGUGUCUCACUGGGCUGCCAGUGAGAACAAGUAGUCAGUGAGGGGGAGCAGGCACAACCUCUAUUUUGCUGCUCUUGUUUGUUUAGUGAUGUGAUGAUGAGCAAGUGAUGUAAUAUAUAUUUAGUGAUGUCAUAAUGACGGCUGAUACUUCAGCAAGCACUAUUGUCACUAUGGGGAGGAAAGGUGAAAAAGAAGUGAUUCAUUCUGGCCAUUUUAUGGUGUCAGAUUUUGAAGCUGAUGCUCAGGAUGAUGAGGAGAAUGUUCUUCUGGAGAUCCCCGGGGAUAUAUAUACUGGUUGUAAUGAUCCUUCAGGACAAAAUGUGCCACAGGAAGAUCAGGGAGUUAUUACAUACGCCAAGAAGAACCAAGCAGCAAUUAUUGAGACCGUCAGCAUUGAUAGCUCACUCACCAAACUUUUCAAUGCUAUGUCCAUAGCUUACAGGCACAAGAUCACCUCACCCAAGUGGAACCGCUUCAAGGGUCUCAAGCUCAUAUGGAAGGACAAGAUACGUCUUAACAAUGUUAUCUGGCGAUGCUGGCACAUGCAGUUUAUCAGAAAGAAGAAGAUGAGGGUGUGUCAGUUCGCCCUGGACGUGGACAUUCACAACAGACCCGAGGCCAUUGUACUGGAAGGGAAGUACUGGAAGCGCCAGCUGGAUGCUGUCACAGCAGAGUAUAAAAAGUGGAGAAUAUACCACAAGAACAAAAUGUGUGGCAGCAACAUUCUUGACACUGACACGUCAAGGUGCAAGUCGAUGGAAAAAUCUAAAUCAUUAAAUGAAAAACAGAUAAAGUCCAUCUUUGACCUGGAAGGCAUGGAUUUUACCCGCAACUAUGGCAUGCCUGUGUCCUUGGAGGAUGGAGAUCUGACAGAAUUUAUGGAUUUCACAGAUGUUCUCUUUUCCUCACUUAUUAGUCAACCACAGCCUUUUGCCUUCCCAAACCCAAGAGAGAUCGCUCGAGGUGCGGGAAACUCCGAUUUCAUUCAGCCAGGGCUCAUCCAGUUGCAACCAAAUCUUGAUGAUUUUAUGGACAUUGUUGAACCUCUACAAGAAAUGCUGGCGGGGCGAGGGCUAGCGACUGUACCAGAGGAAGACUUCCUUCCCGAGGUUGGUGAAACUCCUGAGCUGCCGCCACCCACCUCCCCGCUCAGCACCCCCCUUCAGUACACCGCCAGGGUCACCGCCUCCACAGCCUUCCUAGAACCCACAUCCCCAACUAACUCACCAUCUCACAAGUCCAUCACACAACAGCAAUUACCAAUCUACAGGACUACCCAGAUACCUAUUCAACAGGAACAGCAACAACAAAUACAACAGCAAUCAAACCAGCAAGUGGUGGCUCUUCCUUCUCAGUCACCGCCUAAUGUCUCCUACCAAGACUCUCUGGUGAGGUCCAACCUCCUGUCAUCUCAACCCCAGCAGCCAAUUCACCUGCAGCAGCCACCCACGCCACCACAACUACAGAAGCCUCCAACGCCUCCACUGUUGCAGCAACUCCAGCAGCCUCACACUCCACCCCAACAGCAGUCUCAUACGCCUCCCCAACAGCAGUUGCAACAACAGUCACCCACUUCGCCUCGACUGCAACAGCAUCAUCAGGCUCCACGUUCUUUCAUCCGGAGUCACAGUCAACAUGACCUCAGCACACAGCAGCAGCAGGCAGUUUCACACCAUGACAGCAACCAGUUCGUCAUCCCUAAGUCUUUACCAAGGCGAAGAUCACACAGUUCUGGUAGCGGCAAUAGCAGCAGUGGGUUAAUAGGUACACCAUCCUUAGCACUCACCAGGUUAUCAGUUUUUGUUUCAGCCACAACUCUUCCACAAAUUGCCCCAGCUCCAUCAUCAUCAUCACCAUCAGGUUCUGGCCCAUCCCUGGUUGUCUACACCUGUGAUAGCUUCCCGUACAGGCGGCUAAUUCUCCUGCUGGGGUCAGCUCUACUUUCUCAACUUCUUACUUCAGGCUAUAUCCGGUUACUUCCUGUCAGUCAAUCAGUGGCAAACAGUUUGCUAGCAUCCAGUGCUGGUCAGUUGAAUAAUUUGAGAAGCAACCAUGACAUGGACUGUUGCAACAGUGUUAAGACACCUCUUGUGAUACCUGGUGUUAUCACAGGUAAUGGGAGUGCAAGUAGCAGUUGCAACAGCAGUAACAGCAGCAUCUGCAGCCUCAGCAAUAAUAACAGUAUGAAGCCAGUAGUGACUGCUGCUCUUAUUGUGCCUCCAUCACCCUUUCUGCUGUGACAACCAUCAACGCUCAAGACCCAAUCCUUCUCCCAGGUCAGCCCCUGGAGCCCAUGUUUCCCAAAGGGGAAAAUGAACAUUCUCCACCCCCAUCCAGAACCCUCCCCUCUAAUGAUAAUUCCGUCCCCCCUAAAAAAUCUUUUAGGUAGAAUCAAGAGUGAUUUAGAACGAGUCCAGUAUAAAGAACACCGCAGAGUUUGUCACAUAAAUGCAGAGCAGAAACGUCGCUCAAAUUUGAAAAAUAACUUUGAUAUUAUGCACCAGCUUAUUCCUUCCAUUAAUCAAAAUGCUAAUGCCAAGAUCAGUAAAGCAGUAAUGUUGCAGAAAGGAGCAGAAUAUAUCCAUCAGUUGAAAUCCGAGAGACAGCAGUUAACAGAACAAGCAGAGAAACUUCGAGCUCAGAUAGAUGUUCUGUGUUGUGAAAUUAGCAAUGCUCAAGCUUUGCUACCAGCCACCGGAGCUCCCAUGACACAUGCUCGUUACAGCAAGCUCAAGGAGAUGUUUAAUAACUACGUUCGUGAACGCACAUUAGCUAACUGGAAAUUUUGGAUAUUUUCUCUGAUCACAGAACUCUUGCUAGAGUCUUACAACAGCAGUGUCAGCACCAGCUGCUUAGAUGACCUUUGCCGUUCCUCCCUUGCUUGGCUCGAUCAACAGUGUUCUCUUAACGUCCUUCGACCAUUGGUAUCCAGCUCAAUGCGCAAACUAAGUACUUCCACAAAUGUUUUAUCUGACCCUGAUAAUCUGCCAGAGGAAGUAUAUCGUCGGGUGACCAAGCAAGAGGGAGACAGAUUCCAUCAUCGGUGAUCUUGGGCCUAGAUUUCUUUUCUGAAAAUUACAUGCCAAAUCUUGAAGAACACAGAUGGCCUAUGUUGUUGGAACCUGGUGGUGAGGAGGAAGGCCUAGCUUGUGAAAUCUUAAGUCAUAAUAAUGUUUGGGAUAAAAGAAAUCUUUAAGCAGUCUUAAAAAAAUUUACCAAAUAUGAGUAAGCUGCAGAGGUUGUCAUUGUUAUUUGUGACCUAGAUUUUUAACUAGAAACCACAUGCUGUACUGUAUCAAAAAUAAAGCUGAUAUUUGCUUUGGUCGUCCACUUUACAAAAGUCUGUCAGGCAUUUGUUCUUCCAAAAGAGACAUAUAUAUUUUUCCUAUAUUACUACUGUAUAUUUGAAAUUUGUUACACUUAUUUUUGAAAAUAAAAAUUCUUGAAAGUCAAUUUUACAAUUCAAAAAAAAAUUGGCAGCUUUCCUUUUAAGUUUUACAGAAAUUUUAUUUAUUUUAUAUUCAGGAUUCAUACUAAAACUUGAGUUAAACUUUAAAUACUGAAACUUUAGUUUUAUCUAUAUCAGUAAUGCUGUCUCCUGUGUUGAGGGUAAUUUUAGUAUUUAUUAUAUAUGUACUUCAUAAAACCUAGUUGCCAUGCAGAUUAAUUGUUCAUGCAUAUCUCAUCAAGUUAUAUUUGAUGUUAUCUCUUAUUUUGAACUCCCGCUAUAUUCUAUUCUACUUAUUACUUAUAAUGUGUUAUGUAUUUAGUGUGACGGAGAGUCAACAGGUAACAGAAAAGACACGCAUAUAACAAAACAAAACCUUUUAUUCUCAUGACUGUUGAUGGCAAGACAUCAUAAUAAUAAAAGGCCUUCAUUUGCUAUGCAUCUUUUUCCACAGUCAUUUUUUUAUUUUCAUAUCAGAAAAUGAUACACCAAUCAUUAUCAUUUUUCAGUUUUGUUGCUUCUCUAAAGAAUUUUUUAAAUUGUGUGAUUGACUAAUUCAAUACUGAUUUAUUUCUUUGCCAGUUCUGAAAAAGGCUGUUUCAAGUCACACAUUUUAUACCAUGUUCAGUGGAAACUGCCAUACAGAUAUCCAGUGUAGUAUAUAACAUAUACAUAUUCAUGCUCACUUAUAUUCAGAUAUAGGGAUUUUUUGAAGAAAAGAUUCCAUAAAAAGUCCAAGUUACAAGUAAAACCUACUGUUGGGAAAAGAAUUUUCAUUAAUUCUUGAAGUAAACACUGUGGAAUUUUAAUGAAUAAUAUUUACUUUCAUUAAUUUUAGCAAUGAAUUAUGUAAGGUGUUUAUUCAGUAAUUAAGUAAAAAUUAGAUCAAAUGUGCAAUAAUAAAAAAAUUAUUGAUGUGGUUGUCAUAAAAACCUUGCAGAGAAACACAAAUUUCUUUAGCAACCACAUUUAUUUCAUCCUGAAAUUCCCAGUAGUGACAUCUGUAUAUUUGUAACUUUGAAUGCCAACAAUUUUCACUAAUUUGUUUGUGGUACAUAUGAAGUUUUUAAGGAAUAAUAUAUUUUAUGAUAUAAUCAACACAAUGCCCCCAUGCUCUUUGUUGACUAUAACACCACAGCAUGUACUAGAAACCAACAUGUUUUGACUGUCUCAAUAUGUAUAUGGUUUUUGGGCAUACCAGUAAUGAAAAAGUACUCUGCAAAAAAGAAAAAAGUAUAAUAGUACUUUCAUAUUACUAUGUAUGUAGCAUUACAUAAGCUCAGUUUUAUUCAUUGCUGACUGCAGCUCAAAGUCUUGUAUUUUUGUGCAUUCUCAUGGACAAAGAGGCAGGCAGAUCCACACAAAAGAGAUACCUUAAUCACAAAUGAGUAAUUGUACAGUAUAUGCUACAGCCAGUGGAAAAUAAAUAAUUACACAACAAGCUAAAUACUAAAAAUAGGAUUCUGUGACACUUACGGGUCCAGUGUUAAGUACUGAACCCGUGUCUUAACAGUGCUGCAGGAAUGGAUGUGCAAAAGUAGGAAUGAGCGAGGGAUAGGAUGUGUGAAGGUAGAGGUUAGUAGGGGGUGGGGAGUUAAUGCAAGACAAAAUUAUCUGUAAGGAUGUAACGGAAAAUUACUGGUUUAGAACUGGUUUUCGAUUAUAAAAAUAAUUAUAUACAGUAAAUACAAACAGGUACUUGAAUCACACAACUCAUACACAUGAUAUGAUUUAAAUGACCCAAAAAGAGAUGGUGUUCUUAAAUGUAAAGUAAAUGUCACUAUUAGAAAUUGGUGAAAGUUGCAGCAGGCCUCAUGAAGAUUAUAAAUGUGCGAUAAAAUACUGACAAAAUUGUAUAAAUAAAAGAAGAGGAAACUGGACCACUUCUUGGAAUAAGUGCCAGAUCAGCCAAGUUAUGAUGGUCGUGGGAUGGCAGACUGUUCGCUGGAACAGCCUGCUUGAUCAGGCAGUCAACAAGGAAGUUUGGCUUUAGGCUCUGUUGCAAAUUUAUCACAAUAAAACUAUAUAUAUGAAGUCACGAGAGACUUAUACUCUUCUUGCAAGCUUGAAAAUAAUUUUCAAAUAUAUUGAUGACAAAGUUCAAAAAAAGUUAGAUCAUAGACUUUCUUUCUUUCUUUCAACACAUCGGCCGUAUCCCACCAAGGCGGGGUGGCCCAAAAAGAAAAACGCAAGUUUCUCUUUUAAAUUUAGUAAUUUAUACGGGAGAAGGGGUUACUAGCCCAUUGCUCCCGGCAUUUUAGUCGCCUCUUACAACACGCAUGGCUUACGGAGGAAGAAUUCUGUUCCACUUCCCCAUGGAGAUAAGAGGAAAUAAACAAGAACAAGAACUAGAAAGAAAAUAGAAGAAUACCCAGAGGGGUGUGUAUGUAUAUGCUUGUACAUGUAUGUUUAGUGUGACCUAAGUGUAAGUACAAGUAGCAAGACAUACCUGAAAUCUUGCAUGUUUAUGAGACAGACAAAAGACACCAGCAAUCCUACCAUCAUGUAAAACAAUUGCAGGUUUUCGUUGUACACUCACUUGGCAGGACGGUAGUACCUCAGUGGGCAGUUGCUGUUUACCAACCUACUACCUAGGUAGAUC